AUGGCAUUCAACGCUGUCUCUGCCACGCCCGUAGGGGCUGUGGAUGACACAGAGAAGGCGGGAACCGUCGAUGCAAGCUUGAACAUGGACGCGAUCACACGAGAAGCCGCCGCAGCUACUGACGCCGAGCACCAGCUGGGGCUCUGGAAAUCUCUCAAGACCUACCCCAAUGCUAUCGCGUGGUCCAUCGGACUAUCGACAUGUCUCAUCAUGGAAGGCUUCGACAUGGCAUUGUUAAAUCAGCUCUACGCAUUCCCGCCCUUCGUGCAACGCUUUGGUGAGCCGCUGCCAGAUGGGAGCUACGAAUUGACUGCUUCCUGGCAAGCUGGCUUGUCUAAUGCUAUCUAUGUCGGAGAGAUCGCUGGCUUGUUUGUCAGUGGUAUCAUCUCUGAGAAAUACGGCUAUAGAAAAACCCUCAUGGGAGCCAUGACUCUCGUGGCUGCUUUCAUUUUUAUCAUUUUCUUCUCUCAGUCUCUCGUUCAGCUCCUCAUCGGCGAAUUCCUUAUCGGCAUCCCUUGGGGUGUCUUUCAAACUCUCACGACAACUUACGCGGCUGAUGUGUGCCCUCUCCACCUUCGAGCAUAUCUUACAACGUACAACAACCUGUGUUGGGUGAUGGGUCAACUUUUGGCCGCUGGAGUCAUGGUCGGCAUGCUGGAGCAUAUGGAAACACUCGGAAUAUGGUCAUACAAAAUUCCAUUUGCGUUGCAGUGGGUCUGGCCACUUCCACUCAUCCUUCUCAUCUUCCUCGCACCCGAGUCACCGUAUUGGUUAGUGCGCAAGGGAAGAUACGAUCAGGCCAGACGCUCCCUGCUACGCCUGAUAUCUCGAAGCACGAUGGACACAAGGUUUAACAUCGAUAACAACAUCUCCAUGAUGAUCCACACAAACGAGAUGGAAAAGUCUGUGACAGAGGGCACAUCAUACCGAGAUCUCUUCAGAGGUCCAGUCAACCGACGCCGUACUGAAAUAGUCUGCAUGACAUGGGCUAUCCAGACUCUCUGUGGGUCUACUUUCAUAGGCUUCUCCACCUAUUUCUACAAGAACGCUGGAAUACCAGACAGUCAAGCGUUCAACAUGACUCUGGCAGGCUACGGAAUUGGAGCCUUCGGAACUAUUCUUUCUUGGUUCUUGAUGCGCUGGGUUGGACGACGCUCCUUGUACUUUUACGGCCAGACCAGCAUGUCACUAUUCCUCCUGGGCAUAGGUUUGGCUGGGAUAAUGGGAACUGGCAACGCCUCGGCAAGCUCGGCCAUUGUCGCAUUGCUGCUACUCUAUACCCUGACUUACAACAUCACCGUCGGGCCUGUUUGCUACUCUCUUGUCUCGGAGUUGAGCUCCACACGCUUGCGAAACAAGACGGUGGUUCUUGCUAGGAACCUCUACAACAUCACGGGCAUUAUCACCAACGUUCUGACACCACAGAUGAUCAACCCAACGGCUUGGGGCUGGGGAGCCAAGACUGGCUUCUUCUGGGCUGGAACUUGCGCCCUUUGUGCACUGUGGACCUUCUUCCGGCUACCAGAGCCGAAGGACAGGACAUAUGGAGAGCUGGAAGUCUUGUUCGAACAACGCGUAUCCGCAAGAAAAUUUCACAAAACUGUGGUAGAUCGUUUUGCAGCACCAAAGGAUGACUCAGUGCUUGAAGACGAGAAAAAGGAGGGUGCGGUCGAGGUUGUCGAAACCGUCUCGCGUCAGUCUUCGUGA